AUGUUGAUCGACAACGACCAAUCACUAGAUUCGUUGAUUGGCCUCCAAAACAAACUUCUUUUAGUUGGAUCUCAAUCCAGAGAUCGGGUGUUACCGGUCCCUGAGGGUAAGGUGUCAUGGUCGAAAGAAGACGACUAUGUUCGAGUUGCAAUCAGUUCUCAACUCAAGACCAAGCUUCACGCAUACCUAAUAGAUACCCAGCUUGGUCGGUUUAUGGACAACGGAAGUCUCAAAAGCAAGCUAUACCUCACCUACCUACAUGCUCUCACAUCUUCCUUCUUGCCAGAUCCCCUUACAGGCAGGACAGGCACGGAGCAAGCUUUGGUGAUGCUUCGCUCCGCAUCCGUCCGAUCCUUCGACCAACUUCGAUCGGGUGAGAGUGAACUAUUGAAAUACAUUGCAUCUCUGACACCUGAAAGGAGAUUCUAUCCAGCGAAUAAAUGCGUAAUGCAGAGCGUUCGUUGGCAAAGCAACCUCGGUUGUUUAUCUCAUCAUCAUGGCUUUCGCGAAGAAGUAGCAGCGAUAUUGGAGCAAGACCGCCGGACGAAGUUUUUGUUUCCCAGCGCAGAGCCCACCAACUGCGCAAUUCCGCACCUAGAGCCAAGUCUGUCAUCGCGUGAUCGAAUUCGCACGGCAUCCUUCCGGGUUUCGGGUUUCGGUACGGAGGAUUACUCGCGAAAGUACGAUUGUGCCUAUCCGAGUCUCGGCGCCGACCGCAGAUCGACCUCCUCAUCUCGGAGCUUUUCGAUUUCCAGGAUGCUCUGCGAUGAGAGAGCUUAUAUCUCAAAAUUGGGAGCAGAUGAGCGCGUCUCGCAUCUUUGGAAUUUCCUCUGUCUACCUCACGGCAUACAAGGCCCAGGUGCUAAUAUUGAAGUAUCAAAACUCCGGUAUGAUUCCAAAUGGCUUCAAGGGGCAGAUGAAUUUCUCGCCAGCAAUUGGUAUACCUUGCAUAAGCUUUCAUCCUUCCCAGGCGACAUAUAUAACAAAUACCAGCUCAUAAUGUGGCUCUCAACCAUCGCUUUCUCAGGAAAACUGGAUAUCAUUGUGCUUGAGAUCAUUGUGCUUGAGACCAUUGCAUCCAUGUUUGUCAAAGCUGAGUUGGUGUCAAUUUCCCCCACCAAUCGAAGUCGCCUUUCGCCCUACGGAGGGGUAUGUACUGGAUCGCCGGGUUAUCAGAGCUAG